AUAUAUAUAUUAUAUACAUAUAUAUCUGUAGUGCAUUGUGUAUAAUAAUUACACAUACAUUACACCCAAUCUGUGCUAUAUUUUCUCCACCUACCAAAGUGUGUAUAGUGAAUUAAUAUUGUUUUACAAUGGGAAAAGACCAGGAUUUAACCAACGCUAUUAAAAACCAGGAUAUUUCAACUAUCCAGAAAAUCUUAACCAAGGCUGUGAGGCCGGUUAAAAACAAUGGCAACAAAAUGCGGACUUUGGAGAGGAAAUCCUUAGAACUUAUCAACUCGAAAGCAAAAUUCAACGUUAAUUAUCAAGAUGCAGAUGGAGUAUCAUAUCUACAUCAUGCUGCACUUAUGGGCAACACGGAGGUUUUAAACCUACUCCUGCAAACUGGAAUUGAUGUCACUCUUAAAGACAACAAAGGUAUGAUAGCAUUACACUAUGCUGCUUGGCAGGGUAAAGUUGAACCAGUGCGACUCUUACUUGAACAUGGCUCUCCUGUUGACGAGAAAGCCGAUGACGGUGGUACGGCGCUCCAUCUUGCCUCUCAACAUGGUCAUUAUGAUGUGGUGAACAUGUUAUUGGUGCAACAUGCUGACCCACGCAUUGUAAAUAACGCACAUCGUACACCAAUAGACUCAGCCUGUGAAUUCGGUCGAUUUCGGGUGGUGGAACUCCUUAUAAAAAGCAGUCAAUGUCAAGAACUUUUGAAGGACCAGGCAGACGACAUGGUUGAUAAUGAACAUACCACUUGCCUCCAUUUAGCUGCCAGGAACGGACACACAGAUAUCGUAAAACUUCUCAUUCAAAAUGGUGUUAACAUAAACCGCUGUACCCUGCAGGGAACUUGUCUACAUGCUGCUGCACUCUUUGGAAAAAUCGAUGUUGUUCGCCUACUUCUUGAAUGUGGUGCCGAUGUCAACCAAUCUAACUCCUAUGAUCAGACAGCCCUUGACAUCGUCAAUCGGUUCACCACGGUACGAGCUGCUAAGGAAUUGAAAGCUUUGUUGAAAGAAGCAAGUUUUGCUGUGAAGGCUCGUGCCAUUAAAGAACACUCAAACCAGUAUGACAUCCACGGACUUGCUUUCAAGGAAGGGGAAUAUAUUAAGGUGCUCGAACAGAAAGCCGACGGAAUAUGGAAAGGAUGUGUAAUUCAUAAUGACAGGAUGUCCAAGCCUGGCUAUUUCCCUGCUGACCAUGUAGUUUUAGUGGACAGUCAAUCUCACUCGUCAUCACACAAUCAUAUCAACACCAAGACUCCCCCGCUGGUUCCUGCUACCGGCAUUCAAGUGCCUGAUCUUCUCAAUCGCAACAGUUUGGCUUACGGGACCACAAAACGAACCACAUCAGAUGGGAGUGGAAGUGAUGAUACGUAUCCCUUUCCUCCACCCCCACCAUCACCCAGCGCCAUGACAUCCAAUCAGUCACAUGAUAAUGUAUUCAUCGACACAAACCAUAUCUCCUCCCCACCAUCUUGUACAGGAAAUGUGCCUUGUCAGCCGAUCCAAGCUCGAGUGAUUGUCAAUAACCAACCGGUUAGUGACCAUGUCGGAGACUGGCCAAAUUUGCAACAUAACCACUUCAACGGGGACAUAAGAACAACGACAAAAGACAGUCCAAUAAAUAGUAACCGCAACUCUUCAGCGUCCACUGAUAGUGGGCGUGGAGUCAGUACAGUACAGCUGGACACUGCUGUACCAAUUAAGAAUCACCACAAUUUUGUAAACAUCCAAAUCAAAGCACAGCAUCGAUUAUCAGGGCAGAGUUACGAGUCGGGUGUCUCGUCUCGUCAAAGUUAUCACAGUACGUCGAGCUCAAGCGUAGGUAGUCUUGAUCAACUUGAAGAGGGCAGGUACUCAAGCCAAGCCAACGUGGCGGACCUUUUCAAAACUGGCCUUUCAGAUUCGGAGAUUCUUCUAACUUGGUUAAGAGAUCUUCGUUUUGAAGGCUAUUACGAUAAUUUUGUAUCGGCAGGUUACGACAUGCCGACUAUAUCUCGAAUGACGCCGGAGGAUCUCACGGCCAUUGGGAUCACCAAGCCAAGUCAUCGGAAACGGUUGAAAGCUGAUAUAUCUCGUAUGAACAUCUACGAUGGUAUUCCUGACUACAAACCUAACGAUCUACUGCAGUGGUUAAAACUGCUGAAUCUGGAUUACUACCAUGAUACAUUGCUAAGUCAGGGUUAUACCACAAUCGACCAGGUUACCGAGAUUACUUGGGAAGAUCUUGAAGAGAUUGGUAUUAAACUCUUAGGCCAUCAGAAAAAGAUCAUCCUGGCCAUUGACCGCCUAAAACGAAUUAUGGCUGGUACUAAGCGCUUGUCUUCUUUAGAGCAAAGGUCACCCUACAUUGAGCCUUUAGAACCUCCUGCAAUGAAUAUGUCGGGCCAGUGGUCACUCGACACGGGUAGCAACAGUUCUUCGGACACUACCCUGACCUUGACUCGUCCU